AUGUUUCCGGCGCUGCAGAAGAUUGUCGUAUCGACGAAUGCGAGCCCCCUUGUUGGAAGGGAGCUGGCGUCCAAUUCCACUUGGAUAUGGCACGUCGAGCGGCUGCCAAUGCUGCUGGGCAUUCCCACUGUGAUUCUCAGCCUGACCCCGGCGGUCUUGCGGCUAUUGAUCAAACCGCUCCUGUUCGUCCCCAUCCGGUACUCGAGCUUUGUGCUAACGCGGCUCAUCACGCCGGUGCUCAAGGAAGACAUGUUGGAGUUCGAGUCGACCGCAGACAAGAAGUCGCCAGCGGGCCCCAAAGCAAAAGGAAAGCUGGCAUUGACGAGCUGGCUUUUGAGCCGCUACCCAGCAUCGCUGAAGGACAGAAUGUCCCAGCUCAUUCGCGACUACCUCGCCAUUACGUUCGAGUCCACCCCAUCGACGUCGGGGGUGCUUUUUUACAUCUUGAUAGAGCUGGCAGCAGCCCCGGAGCUAGCGGAAGCGGUGCGCCGGGAGCUAAGAGAGGUCGCUCCCAACGGCGAGUUGCCGUCCACCCACCUCAACGAGCUCAAGGUUAUGGAUAGCGUCAUGAGGGAGUCAGCCCGAGUCAACCCUUUCAGCCAUUUGGUCCUCUAUCGAAAGCUUCUGCGCCCCUUGAAGCUUGAAGGUUGCCCCGAGUUGCCGGCUGGUUGCUUCAUCUGCGUAGACGCCCACCACAUUGACUUCUCGCCGCAGCUUUGGGAAAACCCGGAGCGGUUCGACGGGCUUCGGCACUACCGGGCUCGCCAGAAGCCCGAAAACGGCAACCGGUUCAAGUUUGCCAACCUGGGAUCCGACGCGCCCGGCUGGGGAGACGGCCCGCAGGCCUGCCCGGGGAGGAUGUUCGCCGACAACACCAUCAAGAUCAUCCUCGCACACAUUCUGACGCACUACGACCUUGAGCUGCCCCCGGGGCAGGGGAAGCCCGAGAAGGGAUCGAUGCCCAAUGGGUCCAUGAGUCCGGAUACCAAGGCUAAGGUCUUGUUUCGGUCGAGGAAGCUGUAG